AACAUCGCUAAUAGGCCAUAGCCUAUCUGUUCUUAUUCCCCAGAGGGCUUGAGAGAGAGAGAGAGAGAGAGAGAGUAGAAUUGGGUCCAAGAGGGCCAACGAUCAUGGCGGAAGACUAUGAGCAGCACUCAAUGGUCACGAAAGAGACAGCAAUACAAGCCCUAAACACCGUCAUACAGCUCCAUUUCGAGAAAACCCUUGAGAAGAAAAGGGCUGUGGAUCAGCAAAAGAAGGAGCUUUGGAGGCUCUUCCAGCUUUUCUUUCUCUUCCUGGCUCUGCUUUUGGGUGCCCAAGUCCAGUCUCCCAGGCUACAAUGCCGGCAUUGUUGGGUCCCCAUCGGACUCCUCUCCCUGAGCCACCUAAUCUUCUACGUCUCCGUAGCUCAAACUCUCCGCUGUAUCAAUGGCUUCAAAUACCAGAGGCGUUGCCAUAAGCUGACGCUAGCCCUAGCCACCGAACGCCUCAGGCAUCUCAAGAUUAGGGCAGGAGCAGAGGCCGGAGCUGCCGCCGGAGAAAUGGGCCUUGGAGAGGACGCGUACGAGUUGGAGAUACACUACCAGGAACCACCGGAGAGUUAUUUCGCUAAGUUCAAGAGGAACUGGGCUUUGCACUUUGGCUUCUUGAUCCUUAUCUACGCUUUCAUGGUUUCUUCCUCUGUUGUCCUCCUCUGUUUCUAGACCCACAAAUUUCUCCGUCUGCUACUUAAUGGGUUCUGUAAUAGUUCUAGAUGGACUAGUUUCUGGCUCAUGAUUUGAGGUCAUGGUAGUGGUGGCUAGCCUGCCUGCGGCGGCGGCGGCGGCGGUGGUGGUGGUGGUGACGGGUGGGAGCGGUCAAGUGGGAUCUGUAAAGUGGGUAACGGCUAAUUACUGAUGUUCCAUACGUUUUCGUGUCAAUAGAUAGAAAUGGCGAUGUGGGCACUGUGAGGUUAGAAUCUCGAGAGAAGUAAACUGCUUGGUCCUCCUGACUCCUGAUUGUUGAAGAAUAGUUUUUAGUUUUUAGUUUUGAGUUUUGAGUUUUGAGUUUUGAGUUUUGAGAUUAGAGAUUAGAUUGACCGUUGAGCUUUUUUAAAUGCCUGAUUUCUUGGAAGGAAGCAAUUAUUUGUCUUCCCCCUCUUUUUAUUUUUACCAUAACUAUUAUCUAUCAUUUUUUAUUCAUAGUUAGACAAUAAGGUUUUUAACA